CGCUAGCCUGCGUGCGCCCGCGACUCGCACCGCCAUCAUGUUUCGCGCGUCGCCCAUCUAAAAAGCUUCGCAUCUGCGCCAUUGCGCGCUUACUAACCCACGCUGCACACCGUUGCGACCGCCGCCAUGCGCCUGUUCCUGCUCCCCGUGUCCACGCGGCGCUCGCUCAUCUACUGCGAGAAGCUGCACGACAAGGCCGCCAGCGAGCGCGGGUACCUCGACAAGCUCACCAACAAGGCCAGCGAGACAUGGGUCGCCUGGGAGUCGGACGCAAAGGCGCCGCUCAACUGGAAGAAGCGCGUGACGCACAUGGGCAACCAGGCCCUCAACCGCAUCCCCUUCGAGGAGUGGGGGCUCAAGACGCUGCCCGCCCUGACGCCGCGGCGCAAGCUCGCCAUCACCGAGGGCACCGAGAAGUGGCAGGUCAUAUAUCCGGGCCAGUACUUGCACAAAGAGCGCGUGCCCGAGAUCCUCAAGCAGCUGGCCAAGGAGAAGCAGGGCAUGUACCGCAGCAAGAUGCUGUGGAGCAUCGUCGCCAUGCCCUUCACCGCGCCCUUUGCGCUGAUUCCCGUCAUCCCCAAUCUACCCUUCUUCUACUUCGUCUACCGCGCCUACUCCUAUUGGAAAGCCCUCGCCGGCUCAAAGCACCUCGAGUUUCUCCUGCAGCACAAUCUCCCCACUCCGAACCCCUCCACCGAGCUCGAUGAAGCCUACACCGCCGGCCUCAUGUACCCGACCCGUGACAUCUCGCGCGCCGCCCCUACGCCCACAAAAGAGCAGUCAGAGAAGGUCGCAGAUGUGGUGGAGUCGCUAACCAACGGUGGAAAGGAAGACGUCAUGGUGCUGCAGCGCUGGAACGGCAAGCUCAUCGCCGAGCAGUUCCACCUGCCCGACAUGGAAGUCGAGAUUGAGCGCGCGGUCGAGCAGGUCGAGCAGUCCAUCAAAGCAAGAGACAAACUUGUAGAAGAGAAGCUUGAGCUGGAGAAGGCAACUGCAGGGCCGGGGCAGACGGCCAAGGACGCGCUACCCAGGCACAUCACGCAGCCGCUAGAGGAAGCCGAGAAGCGGAUCCACGAAGCGGCGGAGAAGAUAUCGCAUGAGAAGCCUUCCAAGGACGAGAAGGCGUGACGCCUGUAAUGUGCAGUACGGAUGAGACGUUUGUAUGAUAUCCCGGGUGGCUAUUUGCGUUGUAAGUGCGGCGUGUUGUACAUGUACAUGUGUGAUGAUGGCGCCUGUCUGUUUUUGCUUAUGCUCCAACCUCUAUACACACGGCCUACUGAUGGCAAAAGAAAAUUCCCUUUAUCUAUCUUAUUUUUGAUGGCCAAAUAUUUCUCCGGUUUUACUUCCUACGUUACAGCUAUGCGACGACAACGUUCUGCGCAUUCAAAAGAUUUAGUACAGCUAUGUGCCCUUGUCGCAUUAGGCACUAGGCUGAGCAGGGCUGGCGCACAAUACAAUGCAAACUCUCAGAG